GCGGGUCAGGCAGCAUCUCUGGAGAACAUAGAUAGGUGAAGUUUUCGGUCGAGAUCCUUCGUCACAUCAAUGUUUGUUGCAAUAUUUUCUCCCUUCAAACAGACCCUACUGAAUGAACGAAGAUGAGUUCUCAGUCUCUGUGUUUCCUGCUUGCGUAUAUGUUUGUAUGUGCAAUCUUCUUCGAAGAUGAUGGUCUAUACAACACUUGCCAAAUAAGUGAUUCCGAAAGCAACUCCAACUGCUCCUCGAUGAAGUUAGCGAAUGUUCCUCGUGUCUCUGCCAAGACGUUGAUAUUUGACCUGUCCUAUAACAGCAUUUCACAGAUUAUGGAGACGGAUUUCAUCAUUUAUAGAGAGCUCAGAAGUCUUUUUCUGCAGUCAAAUCAAAUCCAAUCUAUCGCUGAUCAAGCAUUCCAGCUCAACACAGAAAUGGAAUAUCUUGACUUGUCCGAAAAUCUUUUGACUAAACUGACAGCGAAUUGGUUUAAGCACUUUUCCAAAUUACACUAUCUCAAUCUUUUGGGGAAUAGGUACACAACUCUAGGAUCAGGAAGACUAUUCUCCAAUCUCUCACAACUCCGAUGGCUAAAAUUUGGUAACCCUUUCCUAUCCCGUCUACAGAAAGAUGACUUUGUAGGAAUCCCACAUCUGGAUGAAUGUAUUUUAACAGCAACUAAUUUAGAUUCAUAUCAACGAGGAGCAUUCAGUUCUUUCAAAAGCAUCGGCCAUAUUGCCUUGAGUUUACAGAACAUGUUUCUGAACAAGACAGACCAAGCUCACCAGAUUCUCAUUGAUUUGUCUGGAUUCACCACCCACUUAGAGAUAAGAGACCUAACAUUUUCUGACAAAGGUAACAAUCAGAUAUUUCCUGUUGCAAGAAAUUUGUCAUUUGUAAAACUCACCAUUACAAACUGUUCCAUUACUGAUCACACUGUAAUUGCCUUUGUAAAAUCCCUGACAUACACAAAACUAUCAGAAUUAGUGGUGAAAGAUUGUGUGCUUUCAGGAACUGGCUAUUGGUACCAAUUGAAUAUCAGUGUACAAAACAGGCAACGUCAGUCACUAACAUUAGAUAAUAUAUCCAUUAAAAACUUUUAUCAAUUUUAUGAACUUUCACCGAUUGGUCCACUUCUUGAAAACCUUACAACAGCUAUAAUGACAAGACUAAAUAUGGUUAUGAUGCCCUGUAAUAUAUCGAGACAAUUAAAAUGUGUGAAGCAUCUAGAUUUAUCACAUAAUUUGCUCUCCGAUGGAAUUAUGUCAGAAACGGUCUGUUCGGAUGCUUGGCCAUCUGUGCGUUACCUUAGUCUGAGAAAUAAUAUAUUCAAAUCUCUCAGUAGAAUAAGUCCCAAAUUAUCAACACUUUCUACUCUUACCCAUUUAGAUUUGAGCCAAAAUAGCUUCACUGAAAAGAGUGCAACAUGCAAGUGGUCGGAAAAUCUGCAAUUUCUAAAUCUUUCAGGCUGUAAGAUACAAAGUAUAUCACAAUGUCUCCCUCCAAAUGUUGAGGUGUUGGAUUUAAGUAACAACGUCCUCAGCAGUUUUGACGUCAGCCUGCCUUCGCUCAAGAUUCUAGAUGUGUCCAAUAAUAAGUUUAAAAUGUUACCAACUGAUAGCUCUCUACCAAAGAUGGGGAUUCUGAACAUCAGCAACAAUGCGCUCAUCUCACUCACAGAGGAAGAGAUCAAGUCAUUUAAAAACCUUGAAUCCUUGCAGGCUGGAAAAAAUAAUUACAUUUGUUCGUGCAAAUUCCUACUGUACAUGAAGCAGUCCAAAAUGGUACAACUACUGGAACAGCCAGGAAACUACAUCUGUGAUUCUCCUCUAACACACAGGGGACAGGUUGUGCAAAAUGCCAAACGCUCGUUCUUUGAUUGUAACAUGAUAUUGUCUGUAGUCUUACUCUGUGCGAGUGUGUCAUUAGCAACAGUGAUUACUGUGUUCACAUGCUACAAGUACCACGGGAUCUGGUACCUCCAAAUGACCUGGGCAUGGCUACAGGCAAAGAGGAAGCCAAAAAAAGUAAGGACGAAUGAUACUUGUUACGAUGCAUUUGUUUCUUACAGUCAGAUGGACUCGGACUGGGUGGAAACACUCUUGGUGAGGGAGUUAGAAAGUGUUCAACCGCCACUGGCACUCUGUCUUCACAAGCGAGAUUUCAUUCCAGGCAAGUGGAUCAUUGACAACAUCAUUGAAUCCAUCGAAAAAAGCAGGAAAACCUUAUUUGUUUUAUCGCAGCAUUUCGUGCAGAGUGAGUGGUGCAAAUAUGAGCUUGACUACACCCACUUCCGUCUGUUCGAUGAAAACAAUGAUGCGGCCAUACUUGUUCUGCUGGAGACUAUCCCAAAGGAGACCAUUCCUCGGAGAUUCUGCAAGCUUCGGAAAUUGAUGAAUACGAAGACCUAUUUGGAAUGGCCUCAGGAUGAGGAAGAACAGCAAAUGUUCUGGUUCAAUUUAAAAGUCGCACUAAAAGGCGAUGUGAAUAUAACUGUUUUGUGAAUAUUCUCAUGAGGUCACAAGCGAUAGGAGCAGAAUUAGGCCAUUCGGCCCAUCAAGUCUACUCCGCCAUUCAAUCAUGGCUGACCUAUCUCUCCCUCCUAACCCCAUUCUCCUGCCUUCUCCCCAUAACACUUGACACACAUACUAACCAUGAGAUCAAUUUUAGAUAUUAAAUAAAAUGGCAAAACAAAAACUGGCGGUGCUGAGAUUAACAGAAGGGAAAUAUAUUUUGAACUGUGAUAAAUGGCAACAAUAUAUGGAGUUGAUGCACAGUAAUAGUGUUAAAACUGGUGAAAUGUCUAAAUGGCAUAGUCCUUUAUCUAUGCUCCCAAGACAUCACUCCUCACUAAAUAAUCUAUUGUAGCGGCGCCUGCUGGUGCAAGCAGGUAUCGAACCCGGCGUUCGGAAGCCGCGGUCAUGUGACUCGGGAUGGGCUGCUUGUUUUCUCGUGGUUUUGCUUUCGCGCGGCAGUUCAGCACUGACCACUGUUGUGGCCAGACGUGUCAAGAGAACCUGUAAACUGAGAAGUGAUUUUCAGAAUAAAAAUUUGUUAGAAAUUUCAGCUGUUGUUCUUGCGACCGCCAAACUAUAUUACUAAAGGUCUGAU